CUGCUGCUCUUGGUACUUUUUGUAAAUUUUCAGUUUAUACCAUCAACAAGUGCAGCCCCAAUUGAUUGCCAGAAGAACACUGCUGUCUGCUUCGAAGAAAUCAUGAAGGAACUGACCCAACUUCGAUUUGAGGUUAAAAUUCUCACCGAGAACAGAGCAUUGGUGCGAUGUAUGUGUACUUUUUUUUAAUUGUACUGGUUAUUCCAUUUUAUCUUUAUCAUUAUACAGUGUAUCACGAAAAAGGUAGUCUUAUGCAGGGCGAUUUCCAUUUAUUUUCAGAGCAAUAAUUUUUUGCGAAUCGAGAUGACAAAAUUUUCAGCAUGCUUGGAGCUCUUAUCUUUAGCAACUCUUUGUUCAAGCUGCUGUGUAGCUGAACAUUGACAACAGAAUAAUUUAAAUAUUUUAAACUUUUUUCGAAUCUUUGGUCAUUUGUCAAGUUUUUUCAAAAUAAUUUUUAUUCUCAUCUUAUGAUUUCAUGCGCUUUUAAAAGAUAAAAGAUAUAUGAAGAAUCCAAGUCCGUAGUCUUCUCUCCAAGACAGAUACUUCUUCGGAUGAUCUAAGCACAUUCAUACCAAACCCCCUCUUUGAGAGCAUGCCCAAAACGUCAAGCAUCUUUAUUUUAUCUACAACAGCUAGGAACUGUGCUGAGCUGUACAAAUCCGGACGAAGGAUCAGUGGUGUUUACACUAUCGACCCAGAUGGUUUAGGCGCCUUUAAUGUAUAUUGUGACCAAACUACAGCCAACGGGGGAUGGACGGUGAUCCAGAAGAGAAUGGAUGGCUCCGUUGAUUUUAACCGCACCUGGAACGAAUACAAACAUGGCUUCGGUAACUUGGUCGGUGAGUUUUGGCUCGGACUGGACAAGAUAAACCGCCUGACUCGAAACAAGACAAAGAACAAGCUUCGGGUAGAUCUGGGGGUAACUAAUGGCAAAACUGUUCACCCUGAGUAUGACUGGUUUGGGAUUGGGAACGAGACAGCUAAGUAUCGGCUAUACAUUGGCAAUAUUACAAGUAAGUUAACGGUGUUUUUUUUUUCGGCAUUUAUCAUUCGAUUUAUAUAUAUUAAUUCACUCUCA